CGGUAUUAUAAUAAAAUUCAAGUCAAAAUACUAAAGCAAACGGGCUGUAUUACUCAAGCUAAGUGAAACUAGUAUACGACAAUGAACACAACACAAGCAAAUUUGCUACUGCAGCAUGAGUUGCUAUGCUGUCGUGUUUGUUUAAUGUUGGACUGUAGACUGUACAAUAUUCAUGAGUAUAAACUCGCCGAUACCUUUACUCGCAUCUCUGGGACUACUGUGUCCAGAGACAGGCUGCCGCAGUACCUGUGCGCAUACUGCCUCGUGUUGCUCCUCAAAUGUGCAUCCUUCAGAGACAUGUGUCUCCGCACGCUGAAGCAACUUACACCCGCGCUGCACAAGGGGGCGCUUGAUACAGAUUAUAUUCGCAAAUACCAACUUCCUCACCGGUCGCUCAACUUAACCCAAACUGAACUUGAAACAAUAGAUUUACUCCCAUCAGAGGAUGUACACAAUGUACAAGAUGAACACAUUGUGUUGAUAGACAACAUCAAUAAAGCUUAUGCUCAGAUAAAACCUGAAAUACAAGAAGAUUUAAUUAAUAAUGAUUUUGAGGAUGAAUUUGCUAUAAAAGAUAGUAAAAUCAGCAAGAGAAAAACUGCGAAUAUAAAAACUGUAGAAGAUAACUUGAAAACUAAAAAAACCUGCAAGAGACAGACAGAAGAGAUCGCAGCACGCAAGAAGUCCGAGAGCUACCUGGAGUCACCGUUCAAGUGCGAGGACUGCGGGAAAGGGUUUGACGCGGAGUCCGCCUACAACAACCACCGAAUCAUGAGGCAUAGCCCGAGCAACGGUUCGCACUCGUGUGAUAUCUGCACUUCGUACUACACGCACCGCCGUAUCUAUGGACACCGGAAGCGGCACCAGCAGAAGUACAUUUGCAAUGAGUGUGACUUCGUCUCCAGACAUGGGUAA